GUUCCAGAUGAACUCUUUUGUUUACCAUGGUUUUUAGGAUCCAUUUUUGUUUUAAACUAAUUGGCUUUCAUCGUUCAUUUAUAUGUUAUAAUCACUAAUGAUUUUUUUGUCAUGGCUAAAAUUCAUCCCGAUAUCAAUGAUCAUGAUCGUCGAUGUCCAAAUAAUGGAUUUAAAGUGCAAUUACGAUGCUUACAAAUGAAACACGAUGAUGGUAAUGAUGAUAAUAAACAAAUGAUUAAACAAGAAUCAUCCACAACUACGCUCGAACAUGAUUUGAAACCAAUUGUGUUUGAUAACAAAAAUCCUUCAGUUGGAGUUAAAAUCGAAUCAACAACAACAACAUCUUAUUCGUUAAGCUAUGAAACGGAUCCAUUAUUGAGUAAUAUUAUGAAUAAAUUAAAUAUAUCGGGUAAAGUGUUGACCACACCUAAACGCAAUUUCGAUCAUUGUAUACGUUCAUUACCAAAACCUGCAUCAUCGGUUAAUGACAAUAAAUAUAAAACAAAUUCAAUGUCUAAUAUUGAGAACAUGAAACAGACAUUUAAUCAUGACAGUUUUGAUCAUGAAUCGUCAGUCAUCAAUGUUGUUUCUGUUGAUCAAAAUAAGGAUAUUGACUCAAAUUUAAUUCUCAAUCGUUUAUAUGGUGAUGAUACGAGUAGUAGCUAUUCUAAGACCAAUUUCGAAUUUCAUCGCUCGGAUGCAUUACGGCGACAAGAAUUACUAAAACAAAAUGUCGAUCUUGUUCGUUUGUUUGGCAAAAUAAAAUUUGACAAUUCAGCCGACGACGACGACGACAAUAUUAAUCAAUGUGAUAAUCUAGAAGUUGAUGACGAUAAUGAUAACAACGAAAACGACAAUAUCAAAAACGACAUCCAAUCCAAAUCAUUUAAUUUAGAACGAACUCUAGAUAAUAAUUCUAUUAAUAAAAUGAUACGAACAUUUUCAGCUGAUGAAUCAGUUGCUGAAAUUGCACCGGAUGAUUUGGAGCCCAAAUUCGCUAAAAACAUUGAUUUUGAAAUUCUUAAACAUCCGAAUUCUCGACAAUUUCGUUGGAAUUCGACAUCAAAAAAGAAAGAAUCUUCUGGCAAAAAAAUUCCCCAUCGAGCACAUGAAACAUUAAAAAAUAAUCGUUCUCCAUUAGUUGCAUUGAAUCUUGAUUCAAAAUUUGAUUCUGUACAGACAACCAAUGAUGAAAAACCUAGCAAAUCCAAAUCAUUGCCAAAUUCUUUGAAUAAUAUUGAAAAUAACAAAUCUAAAAAUUCCACAGCAAAUAACAAUGAAGCAAAAGAUUUAACUUUUUCAUCUUCAUCUUCGUUACCGAAAGCAGUAUCAUCACCCAAUUUUAGUGAAGUGCAGAAAAUUGGUUCAAAACAUUUAAUGACUAGUAAAAAUAAAAGUGAUACGAUAAUCAAAAAGAAAACGAAAAUAUCGACUUCAAAAAAGAAAGAAUCUUCUAGCAAAAAAAUUCCCUUUCGAGCACCUGAAACAUUAAAAAAUAAUCGUCCUCCAUUAGUUGCAUUGAAUCUUGAUUCAAAGUUUGAUUCUGUACAAACAACCAAUGAUGCAACAGCUAGCAAAUCCAAAUCAUUGCCUGAUUCUUUGAAUGAUAUUGAAAUUGACAAAUCUAAAAAUUCGACCGCAAAUGACAAUAAGGCUAAAGAUUUAACUUUUUCACCUUCAUCUUCAUUAUCGAAAGCAGUAUCAUCACCUGAUUUCAGUAAAGUGCAGAAAAUGGUCGAGAAAAUUGGUCCAAAACAUUUAAUGACUAGUAAAAAGAAAAGUGAUACGAUAAUCAAAAAGAAAUCUGCUUGUACAAUCAAUAACAACACAAAUGCUUCAACAAAUAAAGAUGACCUCAAAAUAGAGAAAAUUUCUGUCAAUAAUAAAAAUUAUCAACUAUUAAAUCAGAUUGGUAAAGGUGGAUCAUCUAUUGUUUAUCAGGUCUAUGCACCGUAUGCUAUGAAGUUAUUGGCAUUGAAAGUAGUUGAUUUAAAUAAUGCUGAUAAAACAGUGGUUGAAGGAUUUCGUAGAGAAAUUAGACUUCUCAAUCGUUUACGGAAAUGUCAGCGUGUUGUACGAAUGUAUGAUUAUGAAUUUCGUAAUGGAAACAAAGAAUUGUUUAUUGUAAUGGAAAAAGGAGAUGCCGAUCUUUCACAGGUACUUAAAUCACAUUUUCAAUUAUCAUCAUCGAAACAUUCACCUCAUGUUAUACGAUUAUAUUGGCAAGAAAUGCUUGAAGCUGUGAAAGAAAUUCAUGAUGCCCAAAUUGUUCAUUCAGAUCUAAAACCAGUCAAUUUCAUUCUGGUUUCGGGUACUUUGAAACUAAUCGACUUUGGUAUUGCCAAUACAAUUCAAUCAAAUCAGACAAAUGUGUAUAAAGAUUCUAUUAUUGGAACAGUUGAUUAUAUGGCACCGGAAUCAAUUCAGAGACGUUCUGAACAUCAAAACAAAGUAAAAUAUAAUCAAAAAGUAGAUAUAUGGAGUCUUGGCAUCAUUCUAUACAAUCUUGUAUAUGGCCGUACACCAUUCUCACGUUAUGAUUCAAAUAUGUUUCAAAAAGCUAUGGCAAUCGUCAAUGAUAAUAUUGAAUAUGAACCGAUUGAUGAUGAUUUAUUACUCGAUGUUAUCAAGAAAUGCUUACAGAAAGAUCCGAAAAAACGACCUACAGCCAAUGAAUUACUUAAGCAUCCAUAUCUAACAUUACAGAAUCGGACCGAUAUGUUAUUGGAUUCAUCAUCAACCAAAUCUAAGCAAUCGGAAUGUCAACAAGCAAACACUAAUAUACCCCCGGAAUUAUUAAAUCAGAUGAAUAAACUAUCUCCGAAUACAUUGCGAACAUUUACAGAGUUUAUUUCGAAUUUCACCAAAAAAUGAUCAUGGAAUGGAUUUGGAUUAUUUGGAUUUUU